GGAGGGAAAAAAGGGGAGGAGGGAAAAGGGGGGGGCCGUGGAAAGGGGAAAAGAAAAAUACAUAUACCUGAGCGCCCCCACCCCGCCCCAGCUUCCCGGCCCGCUCCCCGGCCGGCCCGCCUCCGCCCGGCGCAGCCCGCGGAGUCCCCUUGGGCUCGGCCCGUCUCGGGCUGGGGGUCCGGGGGCGGCGGCGGGUCUCGACCGGUUCCCGGGCCGAGCCGAGCCCAGCCGAGCCGCACUGGCUUCUUUGUCUACAGGCGGCGGCCGCCCCGGCCCCGGCCCCGGCCCCCGGCCCCCCGGCCCGGGCUGUGAGAUGAAUGUCUAAUCGGUGGCCGCCGGGCACCCAGGGCGAAGGCGGCUCGGGCUCGGGCUCCGAUGGAUUUUAUCUCAUUCAAUAAAGACACACAAAAAAGUAAAACAAACAAAUGAUGCAGAGAUGGAAGAGGAGGAUGAAGGGAAAGGGCGUGCUAGGUGUUGGCUGGCCCCCACCCCACCCUGACAAGUGACCAUGGACCCAGGAGCUGGCCCAGAGUCAUCUCUCACCAUCAAUGAGCAGAGAGAGGAAGGGGGAAGGAGAGAGAGAAACAUCAAUGAUGAGAGAAUCAUUGAUCAGCUGCCCCUUGCACAUCCCCUACUGGAGAUCAAGCCCACAACCCAGGAAUUGAACCCCGACCUCCUGCUUCAUGAGUCGAUGCUCAACCACUGAGCCAUUCCAGCCAGGCUAAGCUGUGAUCUUAAAAAGUGAAAUUAAAAUGUCAUCGUGAUGUCAGGCCACGAGACCAUCCGCGUGCUGGAAGUUGGAGUGGAUGCCCAGGUCCCCGCUGAGGAGGAGGGCAGAGGCCUGGAGGGUGUGGCCGCCGAGGGCUGCCAGAGUGGAGGUCCUGCUGAAGCCAGUGAACCUGCUGGUGAAGCGGGGCCAGACAACCCAGACUCUUCCGCGGAGGCAACUGUGAAGUCACUCCCGGGGAUCCCUUCGAGUCCUGCCCCGGCUGUCGCCACUUUCAGCCAACCCCCAAGCCAGCCUCAGGCAUCGCAGACCCUGACGCCGCUGGCUAUACAAGCUGCCCCCCAGGUCUUGACUCAGGAAAACUUAGCCACAGUUCUGACAGGAGUUAUGGUUCCAGCAGGGGCAGUUACUCAACCUCUUCUUAUCCCCAUCAGUAUUGCAGGUCAAGUGGCUGGUCAGCAGGGGCUGGCCGUGUGGACAAUUCCUACAGCAACCGUGGCCGCCCUCCCAGGACUGACCGCUGCUUCUCCUACGGGGGGAAUUUUCAAGCCACCUUUAGCCAGUCUCCAAGCAGCGGCCGUGCUGAACACCGCUCUGCCGGCACCCGUACAAGCUGCCCCGCCGGUACAGGCCUCCUCGCCCGUCCAGCCCCGGCCACCAGCACAGGCCCAGACGCUGUUCCAGACCCCGCCACCGCCACCGCCACCGCCGCUGCUGCAGAACACGCCCGCCAUUCUGCCGCAGCCCACCGCUGCCGCCGCUACCGCCCCCACCCCCAAGCCAGUGGACACCCCCCCACAGAUCACCCUACAGCCUGCCAGCUUCGCAUUUAGCCCAGGAAUCAUCAGUGCUGCUUCCCUCGGGGGACAGGCCCAGAUCCUGGGCUCCCUCACGACAACUCCGGUCAUUGCCAACGCCAUUCCCAGCAUGCCAGGGAUCAGCAGUCAGAUCCUCACCAAUGCUCAGGGACAGGUUAUUGGAACACUUCCGUGGGUAGUGAACUCAGCUAGCGUGGCAGCACCAGCACCAGCACCAGCCCAAAGCCUGCAGGUCCAGGCUGUGACUCCCCAGCUGCUGUUAAACGCCCAGGGCCAGGUGAUUGCAACCCUGGCCAGCAACCCCUUGCCUCCACCUGUGGCUGUCCGGAAGCCAAGCACGCCUGAGUCCCCUGCUAAGAGUGAGGUGCAGCCCAUCCAGCCUACGCCAGCCGUGCCCCCGCCUACAGUGGUCAUCGCCAGCCCAGGCCCAGCGGCCAAACCAUCGGCCUCUGCUCCCAUCCCAAUUACCUGCUCAGAGACGCCCACUGUCAGCCAGUUGGUGUCCAAGCCACAUAACCCAGGUCUGGAUGAGGACGGGAUCAACUUAGAAGAGAUCCGGGAGUUUGCCAAGAACUUCAAGAUCCGGCGGCUGUCUCUGGGCCUCACACAGACCCAGGUGGGCCAGGCUCUGACUGCGACGGAAGGCCCGGCCUACAGCCAGUCGGCCAUCUGCCGGUUCGAGAAGCUGGACAUCACCCCGAAGAGCGCCCAGAAGCUGAAGCCGGUGCUGGAGAAGUGGCUGAAUGAAGCCGAACUCCGGAACCAGGAAGGCCAGCAGAACCUGAUGGAGUUUGUGGGCGGGGAGCCCUCCAAGAAACGCAAACGCCGCACCUCCUUCACCCCCCAGGCCAUCGUGGCUCUCAACGCCUACUUCGAGAAGAACCCCCUGCCCACUGGCCAGGAGAUCACCGAGAUUGCUAAGGAGCUCAAUUACGACCGGGAGGUCGUGCGGGUCUGGUUCUGCAACCGGCGCCAGACGCUCAAGAACACCAGCAAGCUGAACGUCUUUCAGAUCCCUUAGGGCUCGGGCCCCCGCCCUGCAUUCCAGCACUUUGUACUUGCCCCUUGGCACCUGGCUGCAGCCAUGGCGGUGACAGCACCGUCAUUCUGGUACCUGUGGCUGUGCUUGUCUUGGGUCUCGAGACUCCACCGUGUGCAUGCCCGUCAGCUGCCUCCCUCCUGUCCCCCACAUAUUGCACAUGGUGGGGAGGGCAGAGGGGCCCACUGAGAGCGCCAGGCCCCGGGCUGGUCAGGCCGAGGGAGGGGAUUUGUGGUGUCACUUAAAGAAGCACUUUGCUCGCGGUUUUUGAAGGGUGAGUUCUGGUUGGGAACCAGAAAAUCCCCGUCGUCGGGGCAGGGCUGCAGCAGCCCCUAAAGACUGGCCAUGAGCUCUUGUUUUCGAUGGCUCCUCUUUCCACCCUCUCUUCUUCGCUCCUCUGUGUAGUGUGGCAGGCAUGGCAGCUCAUCCAAUAGAACCACAGCCUCGCCCCUUUGCCUGCAGGCAACACUAUGCCCUGAAAGGACUCAAGAGACACAACUCUGAAAAGUGUGAUGUGCUGCUCAGGUCAGACUCAGUGUCUGCCUUGACCUCAAAGUCAGGAGAUUCCACAGCCCUGGGGCCAGAAUCAGUCACCUGCCCUCCCACCCUCCCUGGUUCUCUGGAGGAAAAUUGCACUAAAGCAGAACCUUUUCUUUUGUAAUCCAUGUUGGAAGGAAACAUCAGUGAGCUCUAGCUGUUGUGGAGCUGACCUAGGCCUGUGGCAGGUCGGGAACUUAGUAAAUAAGGCCAUUCUUCCAGAUUGUAAUCGAAUCUCUGCCCAGGACCAUCUCCCCCACCCCCC